AUGCCUUUCGGCAUGAGUAACAGUGCAGCAACCCUCGCACUCCAGGAUGCCAUCAUAGUUGGGCUCGACGCAGAAUGGUACGAGCACGACGCAUCCUUGAUCACCGAACUGGGCGUCUGUGUUCUCGAUCCUCGAACCAUCCCCAAACCUAGCAGUAACAAUACCACAGGUCCGUCACCAGCAUGGGACAUUCUCGCAGCGCUCGAGACCCAUCAUGUACGCAUCAAGCCGCACGCUCACCUGGUCAACAAAGACUUUUGCAGCGGGUACCCCGAGAACUUCCAAUUCGGAAGUACAACUUUUGCAAGCAUCUCGACCGCCCAAAAAAUGUUGCGGUCCAUCUUUCUGAGGCAAGAUGAACAUGCCUCCCCCCGCCCAGUCAUCUUCAUCGGGCACGCUGUAGACAACGACUAUGAAGUCCUGAAGCAGCGCUUCGGUAUCGACGUCUUAAGUCUAGGCACUAUCAUCACAACUCUCGACACCCAAACCAUGGCUAUAGAACAAUCCCUCUCCCCCAACAACCGUCAGAUCUCACUCAAGAAUCUCCUGGCACACUACGGAAUCCAGGAACAAUACCUGCACAACGCAGGCAACGACAUCGUCACCACCCUCAUAACCGCCCUCCUAAUGGCCUACCCCACCCCUCCCACUCCCACUCCCACCCCCACCGCCCUCAGCUACGCAAACCUCAAACCCCUCCUCACCUCCUUCAACACCGCCUCAUCCCCACACCGCCCUUCCUACGGCCAACUCCGCUUUUGCACAAAAUGCGACUCGGAGCUGCACACGCUGCGCCACUGCAAAGUCUCCAUGCUGCACUGCGACUUUUGCGCUGCAGACCCAAAGUCGGCCCCCCAGUGCCAUACCCAUAAGACGGACAAGUGUGGCGAUGCGGCGCGGACAAGGGCGACGAACAAGGCCACAGCAGUGGCGCCCAAGACGCAGAAUGCGGUGCCCUGUCAGUGGUGUGUGCAGAGUACGGAUCCGAAGAGGUAUAAGGGGAGGGAGGCGUAUGGGCAUGAGAGUGCCGAGUGUCCGUUUUUGGAGCAAGUGGUUUAG